AUGGCGGCGCCGCCGAGGGCGUGGAAGGCGGAGUACGCCAAGUCCGGGCGGGCGUCGUGCAAGUCGUGCAAGUCCCCCAUCGCCAAGGACCAGCUCCGUCUCGGCAAGAUGGUUCAGGCGUCACAGUUCGACGGCUUCAUGCCCAUGUGGAACCAUGCCAGGUGCAUCUUCAGUAAGAAGAACCAGAUAAAAUCCGUCGAUGAUGUUGAAGGAAUAGAUGCACUUAGAUGGGAUGAUCAAGAGAAGAUAAGAAACUAUGUUGGGAGUGCCUCAGUUGCUACAAGUUCCACAGCUGCUGCUCCUGAUAAAUGUACUAUUGAGAUUGCUCCAUCUGCCCGUACUUCAUGUAGACGAUGCAGUGAAAAGAUUGCAAAAGGAUCAGUCCGUCUUUCAGCUAAGCUUGAGAGUCAAGGUUCCAAGGGUAUACCAUGGUAUCAUGCCAACUGCUUCUUUGAGGUAUCCCCAUCUGCAACUGUUGAGAAGUUCUCAGGCUGGGAUACUUUGUCAGAUGAGGAUAAGAGAACCGUGCUUGAUCUUGUUAAAAAAGAUGUCGGCAACAAUGAACAAACUAAGGGUUCCAAGCGCAAGAAAGGCGAAAUUGAUAUGGAUAGCUGCAAAGCCGCCAGGUUAGAUGAAAGUACAUCUGAAGGUACAGUGCGAAACAAAGGGCAACUUGUGGACCCAUGUGGUUCCAAUACUAGUUCAGCUGAUACCCAACAAAAGCUUAAAGAGCAAAGUGACACACUUUGGAAGUUAAAGGAUGAACUUAAGAGCCAUGUAUCGGCUGCUGAAUUAAGGGAUAUGCUUGAGGCUAAUGGGCAGGAUACAUCUGGACCAGAGAGGCACCUAUUGGACCGCUGUGCUGAUGGAAUGCUAUUUGGAGCGCUGGGUCCUUGCCCAGUCUGUGCUAGUGGCCUGUACUAUUAUAAUGGUCAGUACCAAUGCAGUGGUAAUGUGUCAGAGUGGUCCAAGUGUACAUACUCUACCACAGAACCAGUCCGCGUUAAGAAGAAGUGGCAAGUUCCAGAUGGAACAAAGAAUGAUUACCUCAUGAAGUGGUUCAAGUCUCAAAAGGUUAAGAAACCAGAGAGGGUUCUUCCACCAAUGUCACCUGAGAAAUCUGGAAGUCAAGCAACUCAGAGAGCUUCGUUGCUGUCUUCUAAAGGGUUGGAUAAAUUAAGGUUUUCUGUUGUAGGACAAUCAAAAGAAGUGGCAAAUGAAUGGAUUGAGAAGCUCAAACUUGCUGGUGCCAACUUUUAUGCCAGGGUUGUCAAAGAUAUUGAUUGUUUAAUUUCAUGUGGUGAGCUCGACAAUGAGAAUGCUGAAGUCAGGAAAGCAAGGAGGCUGAAGAUACCAAUCGUAAGGGAGGGCUACGUUGGAGAAUGCAUUGAAAAGAAUAGAAUGCUUCCAUUUGAUUUGUAUAAACUAGAGAACACCUUAGAGUCAAAAGGUGGUACUGUCACUGUUAAAGUUAAGGGCCGAAGUGCUGUUCAUGAGUCCUCUGGUUUGCAAGAUACCGCUCAUAUUCUUGAAGAUGAGAAAAGCAUUUACAAUACAACCUUAAACAUGUCUGACCUGGCACUAGGUGUGAACAGCUACUAUAUACUCCAGGUCAUUGAAGAGGAUGAUGGGUCUGAGUGCUAUGUAUUUCGAAAGUGGGGACGGGUUGGGAGUGAAAAAAUUGGAGGGCAAAAGCUGGAGGAGAUGUCAAAAACUGAUGCAAUCAAGGAAUUCAAAAGAUUAUUUCUUGAGAAGACUGGAAACCCAUGGGAAGCUUGGGAGCGUAAAACCAAUUUCCGGAAGCAACCUGGGAGAUUUUACCCACUUGAUAUUGAUUAUGGUGUUAAACAAGCACCAAAACGGAAAGAUAUCAGUGAAAUGAAAAGUUCUCUUGCUCCUCAGUUGCUAGAACUCAUGAAGAUGCUUUUCAACGUGGAGACAUAUAGAGCUGCUAUGAUGGAAUUUGAAAUUAAUAUGUCAGAAAUGCCUCUUGGGAAGCUAAGCAAGGAAAAUAUUCAGAAAGGAUUUGAAGCAUUAACUGAGAUACAGAAUUUAUUGAAGGACACCGCUGAUCAAGCACUGGCUGUUAGAGAAAGCUUAAUUGUUGCUGCGAGCAAUCGCUUUUUCACUCUUAUUCCUUCUAUUCAUCCUCAUAUUAUACGGGAUGAGGAUGAUUUGAUGAUCAAAGCAAAAAUGCUUGAAGCUCUGCAGGAUAUUGAAAUUGCUUCAAAGCUAGUUGGCUUCGAUAGUGACAACGAUGAAUCUCUUGAUGAUAAAUAUAUGAAACUUCACUGUAACAUCACCCCACUGGCUCACGAUAGUGACGAUUACAAGCUAGUUGAGCAGUAUCUCCUCAACACACAUGCUCCUACCCACAAGGACUGGUCGCUGGAACUGGAGGAAGUUUUUUCACUCGAUCGAGAUGGAGAACUUAAUAAGUACUCAAGAUACAAAAAUAAUCUGCAUAACAAGAUGCUAUUAUGGCACGGUUCAAGGUUGACGAAUUUUGUGGGAAUUCUUAGUCAAGGACUAAGAAUUGCACCUCCUGAGGCACCUGUUUCAGGCUAUAUGUUUGGCAAAGGCCUCUACUUUGCAGAUUUAGUAAGCAAGAGCGCACAAUACUGUAAUGUGGAUAGGAAUAAUCCUGUAGGUUUGAUGCUUCUUUCUGAGGUUGCUUUAGGAGACAUGAAUGAACUAAAGAAAGCCACGUACAUGGACAAACCUCCAAGAGGGAAGCAUUCGACCAAAGGCUUAGGCAAAACUGUGCCACUGGAGUCAGAGUUUGUGAAGUGGAGGGAUGAUGUCGUCGUUCCCUGUGGCAAGCCAGUGCCAUCAUCAAUUAGGAGCUCUGAACUCAUGUACAAUGAGUACAUCGUCUACAACACAUCCCAGGUGAAGAUGCAGUUCUUGCUGAAGUAUUUUUGGCCCAAGAAGUGGAAGGUGAUUGAUCGUCUGAACCUAACUACUGCAUUCCCGAGCUGGACGUUACAAGCUUGUGUUCAAGGUAAUUGCAAAAUCAAUGCAAUGCCCAUCCCACUUCAGUUUGGAACUGAGGAGCUGCUUGAAGCUAAAGUUCCGCUGGAUCUUCAAGCAUGUUUUGAAAAUUGA